UUCUUUUGAAAAUAUAUACACCAUGUUUUGCAGAAACUGUUUAUCAACAUAUAAAAAAAUAGAAGAAUUCAAAAAGUGUGGAUCCAAAUUUUUUCUCCAUCACCGUCCAAGUUCACCAAAGUUGUUAACCUAAUUCUUUCUUUUUAGCAGGUCAAUCACCGCGACAAUUUUCCACACUCGCAUGAUUCCAUCCACUCUAUAAAUAGCGGAUUAGACUAUACUAAGUUCAGUAACAAUUCUGUGUUAAUUUUUUUCUAAUUGCUACUCCAUGGCCAACUCCAAAAACCUUGCAUCCAUUUUCACCAUUAUUAUCAUCCUUCUCUUUUCAUUCACCGCCGCAAAGGCUUCUACUUUCCACCGAAACCUAUCUCCCAUGUCUUUGGGAUUGAAGAAGGAGAAGCUGAGCCACCUUCACUUCUUCUUCCACGACAUUCUCAGCAGCCCAAAUCCCAGCGCGGUUAGAGUGGUUGAACCCCACGCGUCCAAUACUUCUUCCUCCACGCUUUUCGGAUUCAUAGCAAUGGCCGACGACGCAUUGACCGUGGGCCCCGAGCCCGGAUCCAAACUCAUCGGAAAGGCCCAGGGAAUUUACGGAUCUGCGGCCCAAGAAGAAAUUGGCCUGUUGAUGAUCAUGAACUUCGUCUUCACCGAAGGGAAAUACAAUGGCAGCACGCUGAGCCUGUUGGGGCGGAAUGCCGUUCUCUCCACCGUGAGAGAAAUGCCGAUCGUGGGAGGAAGCGGCGCUUUUCGGUUCGCACGUGGGUAUGCUCAGGCGAAGACUCACACGCUUGAUUUCAAAACUGGGGAUGCUGUAGUGGAGUACAACGUCUACGUGUUCCAUUAUUAAGCAUUGCGUCAUUUAACAGCACUUCUGUUAUUCUUCUCUUUUGUUUCUCUUCUUUGCUUUAUGCAAUUGGAAGUUGCCUUUAUGCUUCGUGUGUGGUUUAACCAUGUGUUACUUUAGUUGAAAAUAUUGACUUAAAAACCCAUCAUGACUUCAGAAA